GGGUCGGGGCGGGGCCGGACCUGCACCGGGCCAGGCAAGAUGGCGGCCAUGGAGACCGAGUCGACACCGCUGACCCUAGGAUCGCUGCCCACCGAUCCACUGCUCCUCAUCUUAUCCUUCUUGGACUACCGGGACCUAAUCAAUUGUUGCUAUGUCAGUCGAAGACUUAGCCAGCUAUCAAGUCAUGAUCCUCUGUGGAGAAGACAUUGCAAAAAAUACUGGCUGAUAUCUGAGUGAGUAUGCGGGAAAUAUGUAUUCUUGAAAACUUACUCUGAUGUAGGAAGAUACAUUGACCAUUAUGCUGCUAUUAAAAAGGCUUGGGAUGAUCUCAAGAAAUAUCUGGAGCCCAGGUGUCCUCGGAUGGUUUUAUCUCUGAAAGAGGGUGCUCGAGAGGAAGACCUAGAUGCUGUGGAAGCUCAGAUCGGUUGCAAGCUUCCUGAUGAUUAUCGAUGUUCAUAUCGUAUCCACAACGGGCAGAAGUUAGUGGUUCCUGGGUUGUUGGGAAGUAUGGCACUGUCUAAUCACUAUCGUUCUGAAGAUUUGUUAGACGUCGAUACAGCUGCCGGAGGAUUCCAGCAGAGACAGGGACUGAAAUACUGUCUCCCUUUAACUUUUUGCAUACAUACUGGUUUGAGUCAGUACAUAGCAGUGGAAGCUGCAGAGGGUCGAAAUAAAAAUGAAGUUUUCUACCAAUGUCCAGACCAAAUGGCUCGGAAUCCAGCUGCUAUUGACAUGUUUAUCAUAGGUGCUACUUUUACUGACUGGUUUACCUCUUAUGUCAAUAAUGUUGUAUCAGGUGGCUUUCCUAUCAUCAGAGACCAAAUUUUCAGAUAUAUUCAUGAUCCAGAGUGUGUAGCAACAACUGGUGAUAUUACUGUUUCAGUUUCCACAUCGUUUCUGCCAGAACUUAGCUCUGUGCAUCCACCCCACUAUUUCUUCACAUACCGAAUCAGGAUUGAAAUGUCAAAGGAUGCACUUCCUGAGAAGGCAUGUCAGUUGGACAGUCGCUAUUGGAGAAUAACAAAUGCUAAAGGUGAUGUAGAAGAAGUUCAAGGACCUGGAGUAGUUGGUGAAUUUCCGAUCAUCAGCCCAGGUCGAGUAUAUGAAUACACAAGCUGUACCACAUUCUCUACAACAUCAGGAUAUAUGGAAGGGUAUCAUACCUUCCAUUUUCUUUACUUUAAAGACAAGAUCUUCAAUGUUGCCAUUCCCCGGUUCCAUAUGGCAUGUCCAACAUUCAGGGUGUCUAUAGCCCGAUUGGAAAUGGGUCCCGAUGAAUAUGAAGAGAUGGAAGAAGAAGAGGAGGAGGAGGAGGAAGAAGAUGAUGAGGAUGAUUCGGCAGAUAUGGAUGAAUCAGAUGAAGAUGAUGAGGAAGAGAGACGGAGGAGAGUCUUUGAUGUUCCCAUUCACAGACGCCGCUGCUCGCGCCUUUUUUAGCAAGGCUUCUGCUAAUGGAAGCACGGGGCUGAUUCUAGUCUGUUAAAUAGAUUUCUCAAUAAUGUAAAUAACUAAAUUGUUCUCAGCACAUAGCAGGAAAACUAGCAUGAAAUAUUGUUCCAGGCCCUGGGUUCUAUGUGACAUUACAUUUGAAAUUGGAUUGUUUUGGUUUGCUUUGUGUUUUUGAAGUAGAAGAGGAAAUGGGAAUCUUUUUUUUUCUCUUCCAGGAGUCAGUAGAGGAAUAGUUCUCUAGCUAAGGAAUAUGCAUUUCUUUGUUUUAAAAUAUUUUAUACUUAUAAAAAUAUAGAAAUGGAGAGGGAAUUGUUUUGAGUAAGGAUUUAAAACGU